GAAGCAAAAUCUAUGCAUUCCUCGACAUUGCCCACUUCAUCUGCUAGACAGAGCAGGAUAUUCUUCAAUAACUUCUUCGGAUUUUCUGGUCUGCUGGGUGUUGGAAACCCUGUGCAGGAAGAAGUUAGCGAUUUGUCUACUGAGAUUGACGAUGAUCAAGAUGAGUCAAGAAAUUGCUCAUGUGAGUGUGGAGUGUCGAAUCAUGAAAAUAGAAUAGUGGGUGGGCGACCUACUGGAAUAAAUCAUUACCCAUGGAUAGCCAGAAUUGUCUACGAUGGGCAUUUUCACUGCGGAGGUUCUCUAGUGGCUGAAAGUUACGUUCUAACUGCAGCGCAUUGUGUAAGAAAAUUAAGACGAUCAAAAAUUCGAGUGAUACUCGGUGACCAUGACCAAUCGACGACUACUGACGCACCUGCAAAGAUGAGAGCUGUUUCGUCCAUUAUAAGACACAGAAACUUUGACACGGACUCUUACAACCAUGACAUUGCAUUGCUAAAACUACGAAAAUCUGUAGAGUUUACAAAAAAUAUCAGGCCAAUAUGUUUGCCAGCAAUUAGAGACCCAGCCGGGAAAACCGGUAUUGUCGUAGGAUGGGGUAGAACAAGUGAAGGUGGUAAUCUGCCAAAUAUAGUGCAGGAAGUUGAAGUUCCAAUUUUAACUCCAAAUCAAUGUAAAGCAAUGAAGUAUCGGGCAUCGCGAAUAACAUCUUACAUGUUGUGUGCUGGUAGAGGAGCAAUGGAUUCAUGCCAAGGGGACAGUGGAGGACCGCUUUUAGUACACAAUGGUGACAAAUAUGAAAUUGUAGGGAUAGUGUCGUGGGGCGUUGGAUGUGGAAGACCUGGAUAUCCCGGAGUGUAUACGAGAGUUUCAAGAUACAUUAACUGGUUAAAACUGAACUUAGAUGAUAACUGUCUCUGUAGUUAAUACGAAUGUUAAUAGAUAUAUAUGUAUAAA